UCGCCCGAGGCUCCCUCUAGUCGAUACCUGAAUCUUGAGUCGAUAGUUUGUAGCGCGCUUUACCUGUAGAAAUUCAAAAAAUAGUCGUUGCCGAUAAAAUAUCACUUUGAAGUGUGCUGUGUUUCAUUGGACUUAUCAUGAAGCCUGUUCUUCACGUUGAAGUUGUGCAGAAAAAGCAAAGCAAUGUCCUACAGACCACUUUGCACAACUAUGUUCUUGCUGGCAUGGAAGCUCGAAAAAUUCUGUCACCAGGCACAACGCUGACCAAUUUGUCCAAUGAGCUCCUUUCUGACCAUGUUGAAUCAAUCCACAUCUGUGAAUACAACAACGAAGGAGAGUUGCUGUCGCUCAAUGUUGAGGAUCUUGAACUACGCAUCCACAUCUUCAAAUUGGAUGAUGAAGGAGUACAGUUGGAAUGUAUUGAUAGUGGAGACGGGGAUGGGCACGAAGUGUCUGCUGCACAACACUGGGUUUUACCCUCUCGUGACUUCAAUGGGCUGUGGGAGAAUUUAAUUUAUGAAUCCAACAUCAAAGAAAAUCUGCUUCAAUAUAUGGAAACAACUCUUCUUUUCUCUGAUCGGAAUGUAUCCCCUCAUGUAAUUACCUGGAAUCGAGUGAUUCUUCUACAUGGACCUCCAGGAACGGGCAAGACAUCUUUGUGCAAAGCUCUUGCCCAUAAACUUGCUAUUAGAUUGUCUAAAAGAUAUUCCUGUGGUCAGUUACUGGAGGUCAACAGCCACAGCUUAUUUUCAAAAUGGUUUUCAGAGAGUGGAAAACUUGUCAUGAGAAUGUUCUCCAAAGUGAAAGAUCUAGUUGAAAAUCCGAAUGCUUUAGUAAUAGUUUUAAUAGAUGAAGUAGAAAGCCUUACACAUUCAAGGAGUUCUUCUGGCGGAGUAGAACCAUCAGAUGCCAUCAGGACAGUAAAUGCUGUUUUGACUCAAAUUGAUGAGCUGAAGAAAUAUCCUAAUGUUUUAAUCAUGGCUACAUCUAACGUAACAGAUGCAAUUGAUUUAGCAUUUGUUGAUCGAGCCGACAUUAAGCAAUACAUAGGCCCACCUCCUGUGAAGGGUAUUUACAAAAUUCUUUCAUCCUGUGUUGCUGAGCUCAGUAAAGCAAAUAUCAUCACCCCUAAGGAAGAAAUUCAUACGUUUGAUGGUAUUGUGCAAGUCCAGGCUAAGAAUGGAGAAGAUGUGCCUGCCUUUAAGAACAGCUUACAACUUCUAGACAUUUCAAGGCAGUGUGAAGGCCUUAAUGGAAGAACUUUGCGUAAAUUACCGUACCUUGCUCAUGCCCUUUACGUCCAGAAGCCUGCAGCUACUCUGGAGGAGUUUCUUGCUGCAUUACAGAAGGUAGUAAUCCAACAUAAAUCAGAAAUGAGUGAAUUGAAGUCCAAGUAGUGCUUCUAGUUUUGUCAGAGGGGUUCUCUUAGUUUUGUUUAUCUUUUUAUUCCCCCCUAAAUCGUUUCUGGUUUUUGAGUAGGUGUUGAAUUUAUCAAAGGAUCUUUGAUGUUUGUAAUAAUUAGGUUUUUCUUUUUGAACUUUUUUUAAUAUCUUUAAAAAUAAUAAGAAUGGUCAGUGUGGUUACUCCAGUUACAUUUUAUUUAACAAAUCAGUUUAAUUUUAACCACUGGAAAUACUGACAUGUUGCUUUGAGCCCAGCCACCAUAACAUGUACAAGUAAAAUAUUCAUAAAUACCCUGUCACAAUAAAAUAAAAUAGCAUAACAAAGAGGCAACAAAUCAA